UGGCAGGAAGCAAAUGAGGAACUUCAAAAAGAAAAGUCGAUCGACCGUCGUGAUUCUUUGUCAUUGUCAACCGACCAACCAACUACCACCCACUCAUUCAUUCGUCCUCUCAUUCUGAGUAAGAAAAAAGAAUCAUGUUUCUCACCAUCCACGUCGCACAGAAUCUCUCGUAUGACCACGGAGGACAG